CACUUACCUAUAAAUCCUCAUCCAAUCACUUGUCAUUUUCUCCUUAUAUUUUCUCAUUUUUUUUUGUGCUUUCUCAAUACCAUUUGCUUUUCAUUGAUUUAUUUAGUUUGAGAAGAAAAAAUAAUAAUAAAAUGUUGGCAAUUUUCAAGAAAAGUGUGGUUGAUCCACCAAAGGAGCUGCAAAGCCCUGCCUCUUUGCAAUCAUCCAACAGGGCUUCAUCCCCUCAAGACACCAUGAACCAUUUCUUAGCUUCUAAUUCCAACAAUGCCUUUUCCAUUGGAUUCAUGGAUAAGGCUUUCUUGGCCUAUUCCAAACCUUCACCCUCAUCAAAUGCUCAGCAAAGGUUGUUCUGUGGGUUGAAUGACAUAUACUGCAUUUUCUUGGGAAGUUUGAACAAUUUAUGGGCACUAAACAAGCAGUAUGGCCUGUCAAAGGGUACUGAUGAGGCCAUGCUUGUGAGUGAAGCAUAUCGUACCCUUCGUGAUAGAGGCCCAUUCCCAGCUCAUGAGGUUCUCAAGGGCCUUGAGGGUAGCUUUGGCUUUGUGAUCUAUGAUCAAAAGGCUGCCAAUGUCUUUGUUGCCCUUGGUGCUGAUGAAACUGUAAAGCUCUACUGGGGAAUAGCAUCUGAUGUAUCUGUCAUGAUCUCUGAUAAUGUGGAUCAUAUAAAAGCAAGCUGUCUCAAAUCAUUUGCUCCCUUCCCAGCUGGGUGCAUGUACCACAGUGAAAGUGGAUUGAAGAGCUUUGAGCAUCCAAGUUACAAGAUGAAAGCAAUGCCAAGAGUGGAUAGUGAAGGAGCCAUGUGUGGAGCUUACUUCAAAGUUGAUGUCUACUCAAAGGUGAAUAGCAUGCCAAGAGUUGGAAGUUCUGCCAACUGGGCUAAUUGGGGCCAGCAGGCUUAGAUUCAUUUGGACCUCAUUUUAACUAACUUACAAUAUAAAGAAGAAAGGAAAAAAGUACUUUAUCUUUGUCUUCACUCCUGUUGUUAUUCUUGUAUUUCAAUAAGCUUCCUGCAUCUUCCACAAGGGCCUCAGCUUUUGUAAAUUUCACAUGAGGUUCCAAAAUGAGAAGAUUGCUGGCUUUCCCUUGUUGUUUGUUUGUUUAGUUCCAAGUGUUGAGAAGUUAAUGAGCAAUUAGAACAUCUAUAUAAGUUAUUUGUAAUGACAAUUAAGAUGCAAUGACCAUGUAGUUAUUUCUUUCA